CCGCGCUUCCGCGCCGCGCGGCCCUUCCGCCGGCGGCCGGUGCCGGGAGAACGCGGGUGGCGGCUGCCCCUCCCCCGCCGCGGGCUGCUGGCCGGAAGAACGCGGGCGGCUGGCCUGGAGACCGCGGGCGGCGGCGCGGCUUUCCCGCCCCAGCUCCUCCCCGCGCUGCGCCCCCUGAGCGGCCGCACUCUGUGAAGUUGAGGGCGCGUAACAAACCGAGCGGCCGCGGGGCUGCGGGCUCGCCUUCCUCCCCCGGUGGCCGGCACUCCUUCGCCGCCGGCGGGCCCGGCUCCGGGACGAGGUCGGCUGCCCGCUCUUUUUUUCCGGUGGGGAAAAUGCAGCCCGGAGUGGCAGACGGGUGGAGGACAGGCUCUGGUCGCCCUCCCUCGGUUCGUCUCAUCCUGGGGCCGCCCGAACCCUGUCCAAGGGAAGGGAACCAGGAGUUAGGACUGGACACUUGGGUUCACCAUCCAGAUAGAGUGGACAACCAAAUGUAUUUUUUGGAGAUCUACCCACUGAGAGGAUUUUGCUUCACCACUAUCUUUCGAGGAUUUUCCAGUUGAGGGUUGUAAUGCUACAGCAGUAUCUCCUAUUGGGUGCAGAAGUAUCUGAAAACCAGGCAUGACACAGCUCCUGGUCACCACUAUUCCACUCUAGUCUCUAUGAAUUUGACUCUUCUAGCAACCUCAUAUUGUGGGAUUACUGAUAUGCUUUCCUAAGCCGCAAAAAAGUUGAAGAUGUCUAAAUACUUAACGGCUUUGACAGUGACCACCCUUGUCGGUGUGGCUGUGGGGGGGUUUGUCCUGUGGAAGGGCAUCCGGUGCCGGAGGAGCAAAGCGAGCCUUGACCCCUGGCAACGGCGGAAGCAGCAGCAAGCCCUGGGCAGGAGGGAGCAGCCCCCUCCAGCAGACGACCAGCUGCACUGCGGUGCCCCCAGAGCCUCAUGGGAGGAGAAGAUUCUCGAAGCAAAGGUGGUGACUGUGUCUCACGAGGCAGAGUGGGACCACAUCGAGCCAUUGCUUAGGAGUGAGUUAGAAGAUCUCCCAGUACUUGGAAUUGACUGUGAGUGGGUGAAUUCGGAAGGCAAAGCCAGUCCCCUGUCACUCCUUCAAAUGGCCUCCUCGAGUGGCUUCUGUGUCUUAGUUCGCUUGCCAAAGUUGAUCCGUGGCGGAAAAACACUACCAAAAACAUUAUUGGAUAUUUUGGCAGAUGGCAGUAUUUUAAAAGUUGGAGUAGGAUCUUCAGAAGAUGCCAGCAAGCUGCUGCAGGACUAUGGCCUCAUUGUUAAGGGGUGCCUGGACCUCCGGUACCUAGCCAUGAGGCACAGAAACAAUUUGCUCUGUAAUGGGCUUAGCUUGAAAUCACUUGCCGAGACAGUUUUGAACUUUCCACUUGACAAGUCCCUCCUGCUUCGCUGCAGCAACUGGGAUGCCGAGAAUCUUACUGAGGACCAGGUAAUUUAUGCUGCCAGGGAUGCCCAGAUUUCAGUGGCUCUCUUUCUCCAUCUUCUUGGAUACCGUUUCUCUAGGAAUUCAACUCUAGAUGAGAAUGAUGACCACAUGAGCUGGAGGGAAGUCUUGGAGAAAUGCCGGGAUGUGGUAGACAUCCCGUUCCGAAGCAAAGGAGUUAGCCGAUUGGGGGAAGAAGUUAAUGGGGAAGCAGCAGAAGCCCAGCAGAAGCCCAAAAAUAAGAAGUCUAAGAUGGAUGGAGUGAUGCCAGGCAACCACCAGGGGAGAGACCCCAGGAAACACAAAAGAAAGCCCCUGGGGGUGGGCUACUCGGCCAGAAAAUCACCCCUCUAUGAUAACUGCUUCCUGCAUGCUCCUGAUGGACAGCCCCUCUGCACUUGUGACCGAAGGAAAGCUCAGUGGUACCUGGACAAAGGCAUUGGAGAGCUGGUGAGCGAAGAGCCUUUUGUGGUCAAGCUACAGUUUGAACCUGCGGGAAGACCCGAAUCUCCAGGAGACUAUUACUUGAUGGUUAAAGAGAACCUGUGUGUAGUAUGUGGCAAGAAGGACUCAUACAUUCGGAAGAACGUGAUUCCACACGAGUACCGGAAGCACUUCCCCAUUGAGAUGAAAGACCACAACUCCCACGAUGUGCUGCUGCUCUGUACCUCCUGCCACGCCGUCUCUAACUACUACGACAACCACCUGAAGCAGCAGCUGGCCAGGGAGUUCCAGGCCCCCAUUGGCUCUGAGGAGGGUCUGCGGCUGCUAGAAGACCCUGAGCGCCGGCAGGUACGUUCUGGGGCCAGGGCCCUGCUCAACGCAGAGAGCCUGCCUGCUCGUCGGAAGGAGGAGCUGCUGCGAGCCCUCAGAGAGUUUUACGACACAGACACAAUCACGGAUGAGAUGCUUCAAGAGGCUGCCAGCCUGGAGACCAGGAUUUCCAAUGAAAACUACAUUCCUCACGGGCUGAAGGUGGUGCAGUGCCACAGCCAGGGCGGGCUGCGCUCCCUCAUGCAGCUGGAGAGCCGCUGGCGUCAGCAUUUCCUGGACUCCAUGCAGCCCAAGCACCUGCCCCAGCAGUGGUCAGUGGACCAUAACCAUCAGAAGCUGCUCCGGAAAUAUGGGGAAGACCUUCCCAUCAAGCUGUCGUGAUAGCCGCUUUCCUCCCAGGUUAGGACAGCUGGGAAGCUGAGCCAAGGUGGGAAAGUCACCUCUUCCCAUGUCAUUCAUUGUCAGAGCCUAGUGUCGCAAGUCGGAAUGCUAACCCACACUGAUCCCAGGAUGCUUCUGGUGGAGCAAGGCUGUUGCUUCCAGGGGAGCUUACGGGUUUGAAUUUUAGUCGGGCAGGGUGAGAAUUCUUUUUCCCUCCCUCUUAUUUUAUUUUUGUGGACCAAAGGGCCUUGGCCUUUAUUUUACUUUCUUUCUUUUGCUUUCCUUGUACGGACAGCAAAUGAAGGAUUCUUCCCUGAAGUGACUUGUCAAGUUGCUCAGGUUUUUAAUACAUCUCUUCCCUGUGCAGUAUGUUGGUUUUUCUGAAACAGGGGCAGUCAAGGAUUUUAAUCUCAUCGGGUUAGGAGGGGAGAAAACGUUCUUCCAGAGGUUGGAGGGUCAGAUUUGUUUUUCCCAGUUCAAGCACAUCUUCGUGAUAAAUUCCUUGGCUUCAUGCUCUCCCACGACUCACCUGGUUGAGAUCCAUCCCAUCUAGGUCACUUUGGUUUAUUUCCAUACUUGAGAAUGCUCCCGUUUCCACGUCCAGGACCACAGCAGCGACUUCCUGCCAUAUGCUUCCACCCGAACACUGGAGGAAAUCCUUUUCUGGAAGUAGGCCUUGAAGCUGGCUGGGGCAGAGAGAAGCAUAAGCAACCAUCUCUCAAGAGAACUUUGAUACCUGCUCAGCUUUCCCUUUCAUGCUGUUUGUUGUCUGUUUGUUGUAGUCCUCUUGUCCAGAAGUGCAAGGUUUUUAGCUUAAUCCCUUUCUGAGAGGAAGAUUGUCUUCUGUCAGAAUCAGUGUCAGGCCCCUUCCGUGUUCUGUGUUCCAUCAGACUUGUAACACUGACCUCUUUUAAGCACUUAAUUCUCUCCUGGAGUCCUUUGGUCAGGUUGCCUUGUGAGGAUUUGUCCACCUCCCCUCAUGCCUGGGACUCAGUUAAUACGUUCAGAUGUUCAAAACGGUGGCGUUUCAUCUUUUUAUGUGAGGCCACCACUUUGAGCAUGAAAUAAAGUUUUAGUAGUGAUUAGUAUUUUUUCUAAAGUUUUAGGAAAACUUUUUUACCUUACAAGAUCUUAGAAAUUUGAAAAAGAAUUUUAUGGCCAGAAUCCAACAGGAGCUGUUUUGAAAUCGUGCCCGAGUUGGUGAUGGUUGUUCUAACACUGAUAAAUAAAACUUCUUCUAAGCACAAA